AUCAACGUCUGUGAUACGCCGCAUGCAGGCCAGGGGAAGAAGGAGAUUCUUUUAUUGGUUCGAGUUCGGCUUGUGCUUGGUUGCACCAAACACCUUGAUCAAUUGCUGCAUCCAUCCGCUCGGGAAGGCUCUCAUAGACCCAUGUUCGUGUUCCUAAUAUUCUUCCCUGGGCGCCCAUAACGCGUCGAUCAAUGGAAUGUCAUCGCAUCCCGAGGUUGUGAGAACUCGAGCAGCACCACCUCGACUCCCUAGCGGUUUAGUCCCAGCUUCUCUAUACGUCUAACUUGAACUACUGGUCUUGACAACUUAUCCCGUCAGUUCUACGGACCACUCACACAUCGAAGAAUUCCAAUACAACGUCAAAAGCCAACAUGGAUACCUCUACGAUAUCUCUUUCAUUAGAUGCCACCAAGAUCCAAGGCAAUGCUGUCUCCAAGAUGCUUGAGAUGACGGACCUGACCCCUGAAACCCUGGCCAAAGUGUUCAAGGAUGUCGGCGAGAGUCCCGAAAAGCUGCGAGCACUGCUGAACCUUUGGUUCACACCCUGGCACAAACCAAAUUUUGCGGCGGAUCACGACUAUUCCGUUGCCGGUUUACGGGACGUCGAGUUCCUCGGGACUGCGGACCUACCUCCAGGACAGCUCCCGUACCGCAUGUUCGACAUCGAGACGGGCAACUUGGUUGAGUACCCGGCAAUCGGUGUCCGAGGCCAGUAUUGUAUGUUGUCCCAUCGGUGGAAAGGUGUGGAAGUCUCCCUCGGCUACAUCAAGGAGGCUCGGAGAAAGGAGCUGGAGCGCGCGAGGGAGGCGGCUAGAGAUGGACAGCCGGGUGUGAGGAACAGCAGGAAAAGUGACAUGGAGUUGGUUAUGGAACAAUGCAGGCUGGACAUCGAGGAGCAGGAAGGUUUGAUCAAGGAACUACUUGGGGAGGCAACUGGGCAAGAAGCCGCACCAGUCAACAUCGCCGAGCUCCUUGACCGUCGUCUCAACGUACGCACCACUGAGUACAUGCUCGGAAAAGCAAAGGACAAGGAGGACCAAGCAACAACUAAACUCCGCUUUGCGCGGAUGGAGCAAAAGAUAUUCAGCGACCUUGUCAAGGAGAUGCAUGACCGGGUGGACGAGGAAAUGGAGGCGCAUUUGGGUAAAGCUGAGGCCAAGAACACAUCCGUUCGUCAACCACGUCGCGCGAAAUUGGGCGGCGAGGUUGUGACAGAGGCCGAAACUGAGGUUACAGCGGCUGCGGACAACCUCAAAACAGCCGAGGAUGAGCACGGCUCGGUACGGCAUGACAUCGAGUACUUCCAGCAACAUUUUCAUCUCCGCGAUGCACUCGACGAACUGGUCUGCCGCUUACAGAGGUGGAAGUCCGUCAUCAAGAUCGACCGGGCCAUUCAAGAAGCCGACCGGAUUUUCAAGACCAAGCUCUUCCGGGACCGGGAGAAGUGUUAUCUGUGGACAGACCCAUGUUGCAUUGACAAGUCGAACGGCGGGGAGCUCUCUGAGUCGCUGUCGCUCAUGGGAGACUGGUAUGCCGACGCCGAGUACACCUUGGUGCAACUUGACACCCCCUUUCGUGAGGCGGAUGCCGUCACGGACUGGCGCCGCUUCGAGGCGGAGAGAGGCGGAGAAUGCGAGCCGAUCAACGAGAAGCCCAAUAUCCUGGAUUUCAGGAACGUGAAGGAGUAUAAGCCGGAAUGGUCCACCCGGGCUUGGACUCUGCAAGAGUUGGUCAUGAGCAAGACAACCUUCUACGUCAACUCGGAAUGGUCGCCCCUGAGCCGACCAGUGGAGAGUUUGGGGUACUUUUACUACCUGAUCCCAUUCAUCGCACUUUACACGGGGAGUGACACCAAGAACAUCUACCGCUCCCUGUGCCCGACGGCUCGAGGCUUCUGGGACUCUGAAAUUCUCAAAGGAGUCCUAAGUAACGCAGAAAGCUCAGGUCAGCUCGAACAACUCCACAAGAACAUCCAGGCCGGUGGUCCUUCAACAAAAGGGGUAGAAUUUAGCGAAAUCUCUAGAGUCGAAACGGCUCAGCAGUUGAUCGCUCUUCUCGACGUCCUUGGGGUUCGAAUUCACAGCAGCCUCACCAUGGAAACAGCGACUUCUGAAGUGGCUCGAGCCGUGUACCUUGCCUCAGCUAACCUCACUAGCGAGAGCGAGAAAGGGAAGAAAAGGCGAGAACACUAUCUCCGGCUCAAGAAAUGCCUCCCGGAACCGGACUUGACGGUUUUCUCCGCAAAGAUGAGCGAAGAGGAGGUAGCUGAGGAGGUUGCCCAGCACGCCCUCAACUUUGUGCUUCAAUGCCUAGUUGCCGAAACCGAGGACCUCAUCCUCGUAGACCGGCAGUGCAUUGCCGAGUUUGGGAAGCUCCAGCAACUUACAGCGUGGCAGCGAGGGACAAGCCGAGCGGGGUUCUCCGCUCAGAGCGUGUUGGAACUAUCCGGGACGCGGACGGCCACUGUUGCAACCGACAAGUCAUACGCGUUGAUGGGUAUUCUAGACGUUCGGUUCCCUACCUUCCCCGCCGAGGGAUCCAUUAAAGCUUUGGCUCGGCUGCUUGACGAGGUGGUGAUAACUCGCAACGACAUUUCGGUGUUUAACUGGAUCGGGAUGGAGAUGGGCAGCCCUAUUCGAGGCAGAUCCAUGUACCCCUCUUCCCCCGCGGCGUAUGGGAAGGAAAUCGACCGCGGUAAGCGAUACAAUCUUCUUCUAGCCGCGCGGGUUCAGGACAAGAUGGACGAUGUUGUGGCAACGUAUCAUAGUGUUAUCCGGACCCUGCGAACCACCAUCGACUUCCUCAAGGACAAGGAACGCAAGAGCCUCCCUAUCAACUGGAUUGAGCGGAUAGUGCAAAUUGUCCGUCUAAAUGGUUUCAGAGAGCUCAGACCUCAGCAAGAGGGCUUUGAAAAGAUUGUUGCAUACGUCAGAGAGUACUGCAGAAGAGAGAGCCUGGAGCAGGCAAAAGCUAAGGCGGCAAAGUUGGCCGAAUCUGCAGCCUCUCCUGGAACCGCCAAGGGAAGCUCACUGCUAAAGAGACCGGCGAUGCCAUCGGUUCCGUCGUUGUCAACCCCCUCCCUGUCGCUGUCUGGGCUUAUGAGCUCGGCAGCACCCAAAAAGGAGGAAGAGGGUUCGACUUCGGCGAAGAAGCCAUCCAAGUUUGGGCUCGGAAAAGGGCUCAAAAGUUCUUCUUUCGGUUUCUCCAAGAAGGGCGGAAGUUCGGCGCAGGAUGAGGAGCCAGCAGUGGUAGAGGUCGCAGCAACACCUCCCGUGGAAACUUCUGAUGCUACCCUAGACCCACCGCCACCUUACGCCGCAGUUGAGACUCCGUCGACGCAACUAUCAUGGCAAGACUUUGAUGGGCAGGUGAUGGACUAUCUAACGGGUGCGGCCACUCAAAGGUUGGACAAGGUCCUACCUCCCGAGCUCCAGUCGAUCAAGUUUGAGGUUGACGAAAGCGAACGGCUCGCUGCCCACCGUCUCAAGGUCCCCAAGGAUUCGUUGGAAGGAGAAAGCCUCGACACAAUUUCGCCCAACCCCAUCAUUGUCAACAACUCCGGCAUCGAAGGUCUCUUCGACAUCCAGCGCGUUGUCGUGACCAUGAUAGAUGCCAAGAAGCUACGCAGACAAGUUGCCAAAGCGGUUGGCCCGCACGACAAGAUAUCGGGUUGGUGUUCGAUCAGCACCGGCUUUGCAAGAGUGAUCACCAACUUUGCCUGCGAGAGGCACAUUCUAGAACAGGAGCUGGAUGUCAUCGAGUCCGUCGACGCAAGGGUGUUACGGGAGGAAGGCAAGGACAAGGAUGAAAAACGAAGUACCAAAAUCCUCAGCACCCUGUCCGUCACCAACGCUACCGCCUCACAACCGGACAAGCACGGCGUCCAGAAUCAAGGUAGCCAGGCGGACGCAGGCAACCCCAAGGCCACCGAAGAGCCCGACGUCCCCAAGAACACAGACAAAGGAAACACCGAAGAAGAACGCCUCGUCGGGCGCAUGAUUGACUUCAUCCAGGAGCCACAACUGGCGCUCGUCGCAGGCGAGUGGGUGCUCGCACGCUUCUCAGGCGCCCCCGGCGCCAACUGGUUCCUAUGUCAUCUCGAACUGGGGCCCGUGCCGGGCCAGUUCUACGGCCGGCGCAUCGCCGCGGGCGCCAUCGACUUCCGUGACUCGACGCCCGAGCCGGGCCUGGUCAGUGCCUGGCAGACCUACAUGGAUCGCAAGAAGCGGAAGAUGUGUUAUAUUCUGGAUGAUUAUUUGCGGAGCCGGAUGACGGCGAGGAGUGGAGGGGAGAAGUUGAAGGAGGGGUCGAGUCUGGCACAGCAGGGGUUGGAUAUGGCGUCGAAGGGGCUGAGGUCACCCGGGUUGAAGAAGGGGUCGAAUGAGGUGGCGGCUGGGACCGAAGGCGAUGGAAAGGAAGGUGGUGAUGAAUCGGAUGACGAAGGAGUUGAAAAUCUUGUCGACAAGGUUUUGGGACAAGGGAGAUUGGCGGUGAAGGUACUGGGUGAGUACACUGUGCUUGCUGUGGCGGAGAAGUUGUUCGAGAUGCGUGCGGAUCACCUGGACAAGACACUCGCAGCGGCAGUGCUGAAGCGGACGCCAAAGGCCCUGCGGACUGCGGUUGAGAACAUGAACGACAACAAGAGUUUCUUACCGGCCAUGUUUCACUCGUCGACGAGGGUUCAUAUGUUCUGAGGGGAGAAGGUAUCCAAAGGGGGAAAAGGGAUCGGUCGUUAACAGGGAGAAAGAAACCAAUAUCACCAGACUGCACUAUUCAAGCACGUGUAUUUUCGACGAAUUAUAGUAACAUACCGAACUUUGCUACCUACG